AUUCCAAAAGGAGGAUGCUGUUUCUGUUUCCCUAGUUUUCUGAAAAAGGAGCCCACCCUUGGCGGCGGCGGAGGUGGGGGCGGGGGAUCGGCCGGAGCAUUCUGGCGGCGAAUCAGGCCUUUGGAUUCGUCUUCACCGGCGUCGCCGUGGUGGUCGAAGAGCUGGAAGAAGGUUCGUGGGUUGUCGGAGGGGCCGAGGUGGAAGAAUUUGGUGCGGCGGUUUAAUGGGCGGAAGCGGCAAGGGUACGAGAAAUUCAAUUACGACGCUACAAGCUACGCCCUUAAUUUUGACGAAGGACCAGUGGCUAGCGGCGGCGAUUACGACGAGGAUAUUACCGCAGCAUCCCAUCAAUCUGGUGGGUUUUGUCAAUUUUGGUGGUUCGAUCGUCUGGUGGAGAAAGGAGAGCAACGUUGGCAGAGGAAGAGGAAGAUGGGAAGAAGGACAAUAUUGUAUUUUCAAUUCUUAUAUUAA